AGUGAGCGACACAAUUAAUUCGACGAGGGUUGCGUUGCGUUGUGCGGAUAUGAAAUUGGACAGCUCUAGUUCUCUACAUUUUGCUUGUUGUCUUUGUUGAGAGAGUUGUUUCCUCAGAACAACGUUGGUUAAGUUCAUGGUACGGGGUUUCUUUAGGGAUACAAAUGUUUUGAGAUUUUUCAAAAUCGGCCAAACCUUGAAUUACUUCUUUCUGGAGUAGUGAGGUCGAGGGUUAUUGAUUCAGUGUCUGGCUCAGUCUUUUAACGUCUUUCGUGGGGUGGUAGGUAGAUGUGAUUUGAUGUUUGAACCAUUUGAGUUUACAGCUUUGUCGAAGAUUUUGUCCAAUUGAUUUGAGCGGAAAUUUGUAGCAGCUCUCAGUGAUAUUCCGGAUACUGGCACUCCGAAUUCUUGCCUUUACAUUGUUGUUUUCAGACAGCUUGUGCUCUUGAAAGGAUGAUGUUGUAGAGCACGUUCAUUUUUUAGUAGUAAAGCAGAAUGCAGAUUUCGAGGUUGAUGAGGGGCCGUUUGGCAUUCUCGAUUAGAACGUUACUUCGCGAAGUUCCAUCUCCCAAAUGUCGCAUCCCAGAGCAUUCGGGUCUCAAUUCUGAAGGGUUUGAAAGAGGUUACUGUGCGUAUCGGCUAUUUUAUUCAACGAGUAUGCACAGAAGUACCGAUUUAGCAACAUUGAAGCAUUUUCAACCGAUUUUGCAAAUUAGUCGUAGGAAUUAUGGAAUGAAAAAAAUUGUGGGAUUGACAUUUGCCACCAGCUGGUUGGCGGCAUGGCAUGGGCCUACAGAGGUCAUUAAAUGUGAGGAGGUUCAUAUGGGAGAACUGGCCUCGUCAAUGCCGCACGCCGUGAUUAAAGUUGAGGAGAGGGAUUCUAGAGUUCUAAUUGUGCUGAAAUACUUAUGGAUGCCCACAAUGGCAAUAUUUACAGUGAUUACUGGAUAUUAUUUUCCCUCUUCACUCGCAUUAACCGUGGGUUUGCUCCUAUGGAGCACUAAACCCAAGGCGAACUCCAUAUAUGAUUGGGUUGAAAAGAGAAGGCUGGAAGAAGCCAUAGAGAAGCAGAGGAUUGAGAAGUUCGGUUUCAAUUUUAAUCUCAAAGCAACUGUUAUGCACGUAGAAGUCCGUGACUAUACAUUCAUUUGUCUUGCUCAAAUCACGUCGAUGGCACAGAAUGCCACUUUGGUGGGGUUCCUGGGCGGGUGGCUUGUGAUCUACUCCUCGUCAUCCUCCAUCACGGCACUUGGUUUGCGCUCAAUUUUUCCUGAUUCGUAUCCUGCUUUUAAAAAAUAUUUGUCAGAUCUGAUCCCGGUUUAGUAAUAGAGCACUCUGUUGGAAAUGUGACAUUAGUAUUAUGACCAGCCAUCCCUAAGGGCAUCCGCAGUGAUUAACUUGGUAAAGCUUUGUACAUAGACUUUUCUUGUAGGAGAAUCAGUCUACCUACCUUUCGAAUGUAAAGCCUGCGAAUCCAUUUUCUCAUCAUGAGCUUUAAAUUCUGAAACGAAAGCUUCACAAUUCAUACUCCAUAGAAUACUUUUGUAUUUGGUAUAAUUACAAACCUGUUGAUUGGAAACAUUGCGUCAUUAGUGUUCAUAUUCCAAUCGUAUGUACGGCCUCUCAGAUGUUUGAAAUCUGCAAACUUUAGAGCGUUGCCACUU